AUGUACUCGUCUAUGUGGUUCAUGAGCAUCGUGGCUUUGCUGGUGGUGGAUGUCAGGACAGGCGCCUUACAAGAUGGAGAUAUACGUCCGAGCCGGUGCCAUGCGUGUGCUCUCGGGAACGGGACCACGUGUGAUGGCAAUUGGCCAUCUGUCGCCUGUCCGGAGGAUCGACCGCUGUGUGCCACUGUCGCUACAGCUCCCGAUUAUGUUUCAUCGCUGACGUGUGCUGCAGCCACAAACACACCGUGUUCAAUAAAGAAUAACGUAAAUAAUUCACUUGAGUUGACUUGUGUGUGUCACACCGAACUUUGCAACACGCCGUUCUCUCCAGAACUGCGACGAGAACUUCUUAAUUUUACUCAGCCUGCUGCAAAUAGUACUGUAGACAUGGCGUUAAUAUUCUUCCAAACAUCCAAGUUUGCCAACAUCACGGAUGACGAUCUCUACAAAGCGAUAACAAUUGAAUUAAGUGAAACGACGACGAUUAUUUCGAGAAAUUUGUCGCAAACGACGACAAUGGUGACGGUCCCGGGGACAAUAAACACUCAGACUACAUUGAGAGACGUGGAGAAGCCGAGAGCAGAGGCUUUGAAACAAGAGCCGACGGCGCCCUCUGACGACGAUGAGGACGAGGGUGAAGGUAGCGGCGCGGAUGAGGAGUCCCGCGUCCACAACCACGCCGUGUCGGCCCCGGCCGCCCCGAGCUCCUUCCUCCCUGCCAAAGAGAACAGCGCACCAGUUUUAUACACAAACUUACUCCUUACUACACUAUUCACAUACCUUCUAGUCUAGACGCUAAUUA